GAAGACGGUCUUCUUUAAAUAUUGGAUACUAGUAGGCAGACGACAAUGUCUUUCUGACAAGAACAAAACAUACUUCUCUUCUCUUGUUUCGACUUCAUUCAUUCAUCUUAUCCACCGCCGCCGCCAUGAGCCACAAGAACCACCACUCCCAGCCGCCGAGCUAUGCUACCGACCCAAACACCAUGUUUGUUCAAGCAGACCCCUCCAGUUUCCGUAACAUCGUUCAAAAACUCACGGGAGCACCACCGGAACUCUCCUCCUCCUCCUCCUCAUCCACGGCACAACAUAAGCUUCCUUUAACUCCAAAGAGACAAGCAUUCAAGCUCCACGAGCGCCGUCAAUCAUCCAAGAAAAUGGAGCUGAAGAUCAACAACAACGUGGCCAACGAUUCUUUGGGCCAGUUUCACCGAGGGUUCCUCGUCUCACCGGUCUCUCACCUCGACCCAUUCUGGAGCCCACACUCAGCACGUGAGAAUCACCACGCGACACCGGGAGAGGAAGAGCAAAAAGCCAUAGCCGAGAAAGGGUUUUACUUCCUUCCGAGUCCGAGAAGCGGUGACGAGCCAGCACCGGAGCUUUUGCCUUUGUUUCCUCAACGGAACGAAAACGAUUUUUGCCACUCAUCUUAUUAACUAGAGCUUUUAUUAACCGUUAAGCUAAUGGCACUUGAUGCUGUUGCUUUUUACUGUUUUUGUUAGGGCUAGUAUCCGUUUUCUUCUUAAUUAACCUUUUGGACUUAUUAAUUCUAUUAUCCUCCAUCAACCUUCUUGAAUGGUCAAGCAUUCCGGCGUGUGUAGUCCACUUCCAUUAGAAUAUAAAAUCUUUAAAAGUAUUUUGUAGUU